AUGCUGCUCGCGCCACCGCACCGCCUCCCGUGGCAGUUGACGUGCGUCUUGUUCGCAACCGUCUCCGCGGCUACCAUCUCGUCCACCAACAUUUCUACCACGCGUCCAAAUCUAUACGAUGGCACUUUGCCGCUUGCGGAUGCGCAGGGAGACGGAGUUACGAUUGCCGACUUGAUCCCAUUGACCAAGGAAGCCACCAAAUCAGUCAAAGGCAACUUACACAAUACAAACUACUCCAGCGCCGCUCGAAUCUCCAAUGACGAAAUCGCAUACAUCAGCUGCAACACAAACGACUACAACGGCUUCGACACUCCGCAGGGCGUUUUCGAACGAGCUUACACCCAGGCCAAUAUCUCGGCAGUCAUACUGUACAGCACGGCAUCAAAUUACUGCAAUUACACGCAGGACAGCGCGCAAGUAAUGAUCGAGGAGUUUGCCGUAUAUUCCAUGACAAACCGAGACGACUCUACCAAGGUACUCGGUGCCAUCAUCGACCUACCGGCGCAUAUGAAGUACUUUGUUCAGGUCCAAGGGCGAGAUGAGGGGAGCGACAACGCUGACAGUACCAAUCAAUACCAACAAAACCCGCUGGGUCCUUCGCCGUCCACCGCUGUCGCCAUGAUCAUUCUCUACAGUAUCACAGGUAUCAUCACAGCCUUGUUCCUCGUCAUCAUCAUCACUGGCGCCGUGCGUGCGCAUCGUCAUCCAGAGCGAUACGGUCCUCGAAAUGUACUCGGACGACCAAGGCAAAGCAGAGCGAGAGGAUUGGGGCGAGCUAUACUGGACACCAUACCUAUCGUCAAGUUUGGUGAGAAAGAGCCAGCGAAGCCUGCGGAUGUUGAGUUGGGAUCGACGGCGGAGACGGGACAUGUAAACCGCGCAAAUGUAGAUACAGAAGUACAAAAGAGCUCACAAACAGCUGCAAACAACCAGGCUGCGACACCGAAUCCCACUGCCGGCUUAACAGAGACGGCACAAGCUGCGACACCAAAUCUAUCAGAGGAACAUCAAUCGGGUAUCGCACCGGCACAGCCUGCUGCUACAGCUGCGAUGGCGGGUACAGACAACGCGUCGUUGGACGAGGGUCUGGGAUGCUCAAUUUGUACUGAAGACUUUGAAAAGGGCCAGGAUCUUCGUGUUCUUCCUUGUGAUCAUAAAUUUCACCCAGAAUGCGUGGAUCCAUGGUUACUAAACGUGUCUGGCACAUGUCCAUUAUGCCGGGUUGACCUCCGCCCUGUAACCUCUCACGAUUCCUCAGCCUCACAAGACCCAAAUGAGCUCGCCCCACCUCUCAACCCCGAAGCCGAAUCAUCACAUCGCCGUCGUACUGCGCUCUUUGACAUCCUCUCUCUCCGUCAUCGACCGAACGCCUCACCAGAGGAACGAAUUGGCGCUUUGCGGCGUCUGAGAGAGCAGCGUAGGAACCAGGGCGGUGAUUUUACAGGAGGCAGCGCAAACGCGAGUGUUGAGGAGGUCGCAGGUGCGCGCGAUAGGAGAAAUAGGCGCAUUAGUGUUCGGCUAAGUGAUGUAUUGACUGGCCGAUCGAGAAGAGAGAGACGGGAUGAGAGUCCGGCGCAGCAGGAAGUAUCACACGGGAGCGAGGCAAACGCUGCGCCUAGUUCGAGUGAGCGAGACGUGUGA